GAAAUUUACCUGCCCCUUGUGCAAUCGAAGUUUCACAGAGAAGUGGGCCAUGAACAAUCAUAUGAAGCUUCACACAGGAGAAAAGCCCUAUAAGUGCACAUGGCCGACUUGCCAUUAUUCCUUCCUCACAGCAUCAGCCAUGAAAGAUCACUAUCGGACUCAUACAGGCGAGAAGUCAUUCCUGUGUGACCUUUGUGGCUUUGCUGGUGGGACACGUCAUGCCCUCACCAAACAUCGGAGGCAGCAUACAGGAGAGAAGCCAUUUAAAUGUGAUGAAUGUAACUUUGCCUCUACAACCCAGUCUCAUCUGACCCGACACAAACGUGUACAUACUGGGGAAAAACCCUACAGAUGUCCUUGGUGUGACUACAGGUCCAACUGUGCUGAAAAUAUCCGCAAGCAUAUCCUGCACACAGGUAAACAUGAAGGCGUAAAGAUGUACAACUGCCCUAAAUGUGAAUAUGGAACCAAUAUCCCAGUGGAAUUUCGCAAUCACUUGAAAGAACUACAUCCUGACAUUGAGAACCCUGACUUAGCUUACCUGCAUGCUGGUAUAGUUUCUAAGUCUUAUGAAUGUCGGCUGAAGGGUCAAGGAGCUACAUUUGUUGAAACCACCAGCCCUUUUACUACAUCAGCUCUGGAUGAAAUUUCUCCAGUUAGUGAUAAGAUCCUUCAUGGUAUAAGGAGACAUCCACAGUCCAAUGAACAAGUCCAGCAGGUGAUUAUUAUUCAGGGAUAUGACAGUGAUUUUGCUAUUGAUGCCUCGGUGGAGGAAACAGCAGCAGCUACUCUUCAGACUUUGGCAAUGGCUGGCCAGGUGGCAAGGGUUGUACAUAUAACUGAAGAUGGACAAGUUAUAGCUACAAAUCAAAAUGGCUCUCAUGUAAGCAGUAUACUUCCAGAACAAAUACUCAAUGAACAACUGUCAGAUGGGAAAACACAAGUUGUCGUUGUUGAAGGCUCUGUAGGAGGAACUGCUAUUGAAGAUGCUGUUUCCAUAGGGAUAGCUUCAGACCCAAAUAAUGCCGUGGUGCAACAGAUAAUGAGACAAGAAUCUUUGGAUACAUCAGAAAUUACCAGAGUACACCAACCUGAGUCUGCCUCAGCAUUAGAUGCCUUGCUUUGUGCUGUAACAGAACUUGGUGAAGUGGAGAACAAAGCAGACCUCUUGGAUAGAUCCCAGCUUUGUCACAAAGAAGCAUUGCAAAUGUCAAAUUCAGAAGCAGACGCUGUUUCUAUUGAUGGCAUGACACAGGAAACACAGAUGUUCCAUGGUGUUCAGGAAAUUGAAGAAGGACAGUCCAUGGAGGUAGUAACACAGGUUGUACAUCCAUCUACCAUAAUUUCAUCUCAGGAAAAUGCUCAAGUUGCCUUCAAGAAAAUGGUUGAAGGAGUCCUCCAGUUUGCUGUUUGUGAUACAGCUGCAGCUGAUCAACUGAUGAAAGAAGGUGUCACUCAGGUUAUUCUGAAUGAGGAAGGAACUGUGCAUAUGGUAGCUAGAGAAGGAUCUCAAAUAAUAAUGCAAGAAGCUGACAGCCAUACCCUGAGCAUCCAAAGUCAACACAUGGAUUUGGUUGAAGCAGAUGGAGAAAUUUCACAGAUCAUUGUCACAGAGGAAAUUGCUCAAGCAAUGGUUCAGGAUUCUAACAAUAAUUUCUCUAGUGGUGCAACCCAUUACAUUGUAACACAAUUACCACAGGAGAUUGAGAAUGAAUCUAGAGUAUAUUCACAUACUGUGAUAGAGAAAGAAGAAGCUCAGGAACUUUUGCAGGCUGGCACAGUUAUAAAUUCCAAUAACGUAUCUUCUAAUGGAAGUGCUGAACAACUAAGUAGCAUGCUCAUUUACACAGAAGAUGGUUCACAAACAGCUAUUAUCCAGGGCCAAAGAGAGAACAAUGAACAAUAAAGGACAUGACAGUACUCUAUCUAAUAAGCCCAACAAGAGAAAGAAUUAAACAUCAGAUAUAUUAUGUUUUAUUUUGACUUAUAAAGCAUUCCUGAAUAGUAUUCCUCCAUUUUGCUGUUCAAUGCAUUUUAUGUGGUGUUAGCAUCACCAUCUGGGAAUGUUAUACAGAAAGGGAAUUCUCCUUGUUUUUGCAUGAACACUGAUCAGACUGUCACUGGUUAUAGAUACUGAAAAAUUUACAAAAUAAAAUCAGAACAAACAUAGAUGCAACUACCAAGAUAUCAACUGAAUUAUCUUCAUUAGAUAGUUUGGGUUAUUUUGCUUAUCACCUCUUCAUUAUAUUUUGACUUUCUGAUAGCUUUAUCUUUCUUGUGAUUAAUUAUGUAAUUUGACUUAUCUGACUUUCUGUAGGGAGAGCAAAUUAAAUAUGCAGGUACUCAUAUCACCCAAUUGACAUAGACAUUGACAAUUUAUAGAUUAAGGCAUUCUACGUAUGCACUAGUUUUACAUUCCAAACUUGUAUAAAUACACUCCAAUUGUUUCUACUCAAAAUGCAGUGUUCCCAAUGAAGUAAAUUCAUGGUGUGAUUGAAAUGCCUUUUUUAAAAAUACAUUUUUUGUGUGAAUUCUCCCCCCACUGGACAUCAUGAGAUACCUCUGAAAUCAAUCCUUGUGGACGUAUUAGCAAAAGGAAGUCACUAAUGCCUGUUAUGUAAUCAUUGGUGGGAUUCCUUUUUUUAAAAAAACCUAAUAUCCUUCAAGUAUAUACCAUUUUGCAGUUUGUUUUAUGAAUGAGCUUUGUAAACAUUUGAUGAACCUUUCCAUCAAAUGUUAAGUGAAAAAAGUUGACUUUGAUCCAUUUCUUGCUGGAUCAGAACGUUGAUUAUUUAGUUGUGGAUAAGUUCUGAUUGUUUAAAGUAAGUUCCUGCUAAAAAUAAAUAUUUUUCUGCUAUGAAAACUUCUGUUUUUCCUUAGGAAAUGUAAACUAUCAUAUAUAGGGGGACAGUUGGUUCUUUACAAUAAAAAA